AUGCUCCCCUACAUCAAUGCGCUUUUUGACUACAUCUUGCCUGGCUGUCUCCUAACCUCCCUUCCCAGUGUUUCUCUUUUCUACCUUGUCGGACUUUUCGAUCUGUGGGACGGCCUGCAAACCCUCUUCAUCUCCUCGGCCGUUGCCUAUGGCCUCGCCAAGUACCUCCGUACCAGCCCGUACAUGCCAUGGAUCGCUUUCGUCUUCCUGAUGGGCCACAUGUCCGUCAACCAGAUCGCUCGCCAGUACGCCAACGCCCCUUCCACGAUCGACAUCACAGGCGCGCAGAUGGUCCUUGUCAUUAAACUUUCCGCAUUCUGCUGGAAUAUUGCCGACGGCCUUGUCCCCGAUGCCGAUCUCACGCCGUUCCAGCGUGACCGCGUGCUGCACGAGCUGCCCAGCUUGCUCGACUAUGCCGGCUACGUCCUGUUCUUCCCGUCGCUGCUCGCCGGUCCUGCCUGUGAUUUUGCCGAGUACCGCCGUUGGCUCGAUACCUCCAUGUUUGCGGUCCCGGCUUCGAUGGACCCGGCCAAGCGCCCGCCAACGCGCCGUAAGCGCAAAAUUCCGCGUAGCGGCACGCCUGCCAUGAAGAAGAUGGCCGUGGGUCUUUUGUGGAUUGUCGCAUUCCUCGUCCUUAGCGGAUGGUACCCGCCCAGUGUCGUGCUCUACGACGAGGCUGGUGGUGGCACAACGUUUUUGAAGCGAGUCUGGCUUUUGUAUGUUAUCGGCUUUGUCACCCGCACCAAGUUCUACGGUGUCUGGUCCCUGACCGAGGGUUCCUGCAUUCUGGCCGGCCUGGGCUUCAACGGUGUCGAUCCGACGACAGGCCGCAUCUCCUGGAACCGCGUGGCCAACAUUGACGCCUGGGGCGUCGAGUCGGCUCAGAACACCCGCGCCUACCUUGAGAACUGGAAUAUGAAGACCAACUCCUGGCUGCGCAACUACGUCUACUUGCGCGUGACCCCGCGCGGUAGGAAGCCCGGGUUCCGUGCGAGCAUGGCCACCUUUGUCACCAGCGCCUUCUGGCACGGUUUCUACCCGGGAUACUACCUGACGUUCGUUCUCGCCAGCCUCAUCCAAACCGUCGCCAAGAACUUUCGCCGCUUCUUCCGACCUUUCUUCUUCAAAGACCCGGCCACCCUUAAAGAGCCUUUGCCAUCCAAGGCAUGGGUUUACGAUCCGCUCAGCUUCCUCGCUACCCAGGUGGCUUUUGGAUUUGCCGUGGCGCCCUUCAUCCUGCUGACACUGCAAGACUCCCUGCUGGCCUGGUCACGCGUGUACUUCUACUGCAUUGUCGGGGUGCUUGCAUCCAUGGCCAUGUUCGCGUCGCCUGUCAAGCCAGCCUUGAAAAAGGAGAUUGAGCGGCGGGCGGCCAAGGCUGCCUCGGCUGCCGGCAGCGACCCCACUACCCUGCCUGCCGCAGACGCAAUCACCCCGAAACCCGUUGUGGCUGCAGCUCCUGCGACCGAUGCCGACGAACCGGGCAUCCACGACCUACCGCCAACCAAGCAGUUCGCCCAGACUCGCGAAAUCAUGGGUUCCGGUUUGCCGGCCGACCCAGAGGGCGAGCUGGACGAGAUUGUAGCCGAGAUUCGGGGCGAGGUGGAAAGCCUGCAGCGGCGGGCCACCAUGAGCAAAGCAGCCCAGGCGACGCUCAAGAAGCGGGCGUAG